GAAGGGCAUUUCGGAGCAGGUCCGUCUCCCCCUCACGCGAGCGGCCUGUCUCCUCGGCCACCGCGACUGACUUCAUCUCCAUGCAGGAUGAUCAAUGAUAGUGACACCGCGAAACUAACAACGGACGCCUACGCGAUCCCGCAGACCAGACAAUCCACCGACAGCUCCAACAGCCACGCAAAUGGGUCCUCCACGUUUCAGCCGGCUCUCAAAUCCCGCGCCGCAGGCUCCGACAGCGCGAAGAUGAAUGGGGGCGUGAUUGCGGCGGUAGCACAUGCGACGGUACCCUCCUGGGCCAAUAUGGCCCUGAUGGCUUCGCUCAUAUUCGGAGGAUGCUGCACGAACGUGUUUGCCCUCGAAGCUAUCAUCAAAGAGCAACCUACAGCCGGUCCCUUAAUCACCUUCGCUCAGUUCGUCCUAUGCGCCAUCUUCACCCUUCCACAUUUCCUCUCCUUCUCCGCCGGGCACCAUGCUCUGUUCCUGAGCCCUCGAGCGAUUCCACUCCGAUCAUGGAUGAUCUAUACCGCGUACUUUGUGUCCGUCAAUCUUUUGAACAAUUGGGCCUUCGCUUAUAAGAUCUCCGUCCCGCUUCAUAUCAUCCUUCGUUCUGGCGGGCCGGUGGCUUCUAUUAUUGUUGGAUAUGUCUAUAAUGGGAAACGGUACUCCCGCGGCCAAAUUCUCGCUGUAGCUAUGCUCACGGCGGGCGUGGCGGCCGCUGCGCUUGCCGACGCGCAGGCUAAAGGCCAGUCCAUUCAGGUUGGGGCCGGCAGCGACGUGUCCAUGGUGACUACGGCCACCGGACUCAUAAUUCUUGCCUUGGCCAUGGUUUUAUCCGCGUUCCAGGGCAUCUACGCUGACCGAUUAUAUGCGACUUAUGGCCGCGAUCAUUGGAAGGAGGCCCUGUUCUACUCGCACGCCCUGUCUCUGCCGUUGUUCUUGACCAGCUAUCCGCAGCUAUUAUCACAGUGGCGUGUGGUGGCAUCCACUCCGUCGCUGCUUUCCACAUUUUCUGCCGGAAAUUCCAGUCAGAGUUCAUUCAGCAUCAUGGGCAGCACUGUGUUCUCUAGACUGGGGCCUGUUCAGAAGCACGGGCUGGUUGAAAUUGUGCUCGACAAAGUUCCAAUUCAAGUGGCUUACCUGAUGAUGAAUGCGCUAACGCAGUACGUGUGCAUCCGGGGAGUUCAUUUGCUAUCAGCCAAGACUUCUUCAUUGACCGUCACGGUAUUUUUGAACAUCCGCAAGCUAGCCUCUUUGCUGCUUUCAAUCUAUUUGUUUGGGAACGAUCUGGCGUCUGGUGUCCUCGCCGGAGCAGUUCUGGUGACCGUUGGCGGUGGUUUGUAUGGGUUUGAGGGAGCACGAUUGAGGAAGACGAGCAUGAAGAAAACCCAAUGA